ACGUGCAACACGUGUCUCCUCCUUCACACGUCCGUAAUUCUCUCUCCUCCCCCUCCUCUCUCCCUUCCUUCCCCUUCGCUCGCUUAUACACCAGCCCCCCCGCACACGCCCCAUCCGUGCCAAACCCUCAAACUCUCACAUACAGACACGCUUGAUCCUCCGCACACGCGUGAAACCCUAGCCUACACGCGCCAACAUUCUAUUCCACGCGCCUUCUCUCUCGCCGACCUGACCCGACCCGACGUCGCCUGAAUCCCCUCAACCUCGCCUUGUCCUCCUCGCUUCUUCCGCCCCCCUUCCGAGCUUCCUACGCUCAUCGUAUCGGACGAUGCCGGAGAGAUGCUCCGGUCGCCGGGAAGAUGGAUCUGUUGGUUCGAGAGGGUCUGUUGAGGACGAGAAGGUAGAAAUUUAAGCCAAGUUGGAGAAUCGGAGGCAUUUUUUGAGUGUCGUUUCUUGCUAGGAUUUUGAAGUUUGAGAAUCAGGGGAGAAACUGGGUCUCCGUUUCAAAGGGUAAUUAAAGAGUUAGCUGGGAGAGAAAUGUCAGUUGGGUUUCUGAGUUAGUAAAUUUGAAGAAAAUAGAGAAAUGAUGAAGUAGUUUCUAAGUAUAAGUUUUAAAGUUGGGGUGGGAGGUUAUGGAGACAGAUAUGCAGAAACUGAUGGGAGGCAGUGAAGAAGAUGAUGAAGAGGAAAUGGACAUGGAUGUCAAAGAAGAGGAUGACGAGGAUGAAGAGAAUGGAGAGAAGCAUAUGGGCACACAGGUAAUGGUUGGGCCUGAUGGUUUGAUGACGGUUACUGGUAAUAAUAAUCAGUUUAAUCAGCAGCAGCAAAUUCAAGAGCAAGUUGGUACCCCAGGAGGAGGAGGAGCAGGAGCUCGGAAAUCUCGACCACUAGAGGAAAAGGAGAGAACCAAGCUUAGAGAGCGCCACCGGAGAGCGAUCACUGCAAGGAUCUUGGCAGGGCUGCGGAGGCAUGGGAACUAUAAUCUGAGGGUCAGAGCUGAUAUUAAUGAUGUGAUUGCGGCUUUGGCCAGAGAAGCUGGCUGGGUUGUUCUUCCAGAUGGAACUACAUUUCCUUCGAGAACUCAGGGUUCAAGACCUGUUGGUGGCACUUCUGCAGGUAUUACUUCAUCCUCAUCCCAUUUGGUGUCACCACAAACUCCUCCAGCCUCUGUUAGAGGAGUCUCUUCUGGCUAUCGGGCCUCAGUAGAGUACAAUUCCUGUCGCAUGAAAGGUGUUUUCAUGCCUACUCCAUCACCCUAUGAUCUAUCCUCAAGUGCUCGGUCUCAAACUUCUGGCAUGGUGGGAGAUGGUGGGGAGCAAACUGAAAGUCAUCCUCUUAUUGGUGGCUCCAUGGAGAUUGUUAAUGAUAAGCAGAUUGUUGACCUACCUUCAAAACUACCAGAGCGUGAUUUUGCUGGCACCCCUUAUGUUCCAGUAUAUGUUAUGCUACCAUUAGGGGUUAUCAAUAUGAAGUGUGAUCUCGUUGAUCCAGAUGGUCUGCUAAAGCAGCUAAGACUGUUGAAAUCUAUUAAUGUGGAUGGGGUCAUGGUUGACUGCUGGUGGGGAAUUGUGGAAGCACAUGCACCUCAGGAGUAUAACUGGAAUGGUUACAGAAAGCUCUUUCAGAUGGUUCGUGAGCUUAAGUUUAAGUUACAGGUUGUGAUGUCAUUCCAUGAAUGUGGGGGCAAUGUCGGUGAUGAUGUUUGUAUUCCCCUUCCUCAUUGGGUUGCUGAAAUUGGUCGAAGUAACCCUGAUAUAUUUUUCACUGAUAGAGAAGGAAGACGUAACCCUGAAUGUCUCUCAUGGGGCAUUGACAAGGAGCGGGUUUUAAGAGGCCGAACUGCUCUUGAGGUGUAUUUUGAUUACAUGAGAAGCUUCCGGGUGGAAUUUGAUGAAUUUUUUGUGGAUGGUAUAAUCUCAAUGGUUGAAAUUGGAUUGGGUCCCUGUGGGGAGCUAAGAUAUCCAUCUUGUCCUGUAAAGCAUGGAUGGAGAUAUCCUGGCAUUGGGGAGUUCCAGUGUUAUGAUCAGUAUAUGUUGAAAAGCCUGAGCAAGGCUGCAGAAAUGAGGGGACAUGCAUUUUGGGCUAGGGGCCCAGAUAAUGCUGGGUCGUAUAAUUCUCUUCCACACGAAACUGGAUUCUUUUGUGAUGGAGGUGAUUAUGAUGGGUACUAUGGCAGAUUUUUCCUGAAAUGGUACUCUCAGAUUUUAGUUGAUCACGGAGACCGAGUACUUUCUCUAGCAAAGUUAGCUUUUGAAGGCAUGUGUAUUUCAGCAAAGCUUCCAGGUAUUCACUGGUGGUAUAAAACGGCCAGUCAUGCUUCUGAACUAACUGCUGGUUUCUACAACCCUUGCAACCGUGAUGGCUAUGCUUCAAUAGCAACAAUGCUCAAGAAGCAUGGAGCUGCUUUGAACUUCACAUGUGCUGAGCUCCACUUUGUUGACCAGCAUGAGGAUUCACAGGAAGCAAUGGCAGAUCCUCAGGGGUUAAUAUGGCAGGUGCUGAAUGCUGCAUGGGAUGUUUGCCUUCCAGUUGCUAGCGAGAAUGCUCUUCCUUGUCAUGAGAGAAUGGGCUAUAGCAAGAUACUGGAAACUGCCAAGCCAAUGGAUGAUCUAGAUGGAAGACACCUGUCAUCUUUUACCUACCUAAGGCUCUGCCCGCUUCUCAUGGAGACACGCAACUUCAUGGAAUUUGAACGAUUUGUCAAGAGGAUGCAUGGAGAAGCAGUUGUAGAUCACCAGGUAUAGCUGGGAGGAGGAAGGCUUUCUUAAAUUGUGUAUCAUUCCCUUCACCCCAAGAAACAGGGGAUCACAUUGCAGAUUAGGAAUAGCAUUACGAGUUUAAUUUAUGAAAUACCAUUGUAAAUUGAAUCAUGUAUGAAUGCAACCAGUUCUCCUGGAUAUAAGCUUCUCCAUGUGUUGACCUCUUGCAAUUGAUAAAAUUAUUAAUUUGGU